CCCUCACAAAGUCGUCAAAACUGUAAAACAUCACAACAAUUCCCGACUCUUUCUUCUCCACGAGCUAACCUCAGAUCGGAGAAUUCUUCUUCCUUCUUCCUGAUCGCUGAUCCUUUACCGAAUAUUGCUCAAUCGUGUUCGAGAAGAUCGCAGUUAGCUUCUUCCGAGGUUUCUUGUGGUUCGCGAUUUUGGUUUGUUUUGCAUAUGAGAAAUUAGGGUUUAAGCUUCCUUUUGGAUCGAUCUCUAGCCCCGGUGGCUUUGCUAUAGCCAAGUAAAGAGCUGGGGGCGAAUCAGUCUCAUUCCCGCCAUUAUCCUGGCGUCGCCGAUCAAACCAGGGUAGGAUUCUGGGACUUUCUGCGACCUCUUCUAGGUAAUGCCCCUCGCAACAACUCCUUACAGUUCAUCGACUCCGUGAGCACCGUCGGAUCUGAUCGUACCAUGGACUCAGUCGCCAGAGGUAACAUCGCGUCUACAACCGGCGCUGCCGUGGAAGAGCCGGAGUAUUUAGCUAGGUACCUCGUUGUCAAGCACUCGUGGCGUGGACGUUAUAAGAGGAUCCUUUGCAUUUCCAGCGCCGGGAUCGUGACGCUUGACCCGAACACUCUCUCGAUUACUAAUUCGUAUGAUACUGGAAGCAAUUUUGAUGGAGCUUCACCUUUGAUUGGGAGGGAUGAGAACACGGAUAGUGUUGGUGGUGAGUUUACUAUCAAUGUUAGAACGGAUGGGAAAGGAAAGUUCAAGGCUAUGAAGUUCUCGUCUAGGUGCAGAGCAAGCAUUUUAACCGAGUUGUACCGGCUUAGAUGGAACCAAAUUAGACCCGUGGCUGAAUUUCAGGUGCUACAUCUUAGGAGACGGAACGCUGAAUGGGUUCCCUAUAAACUGAAGGUCACAUAUGUAGGUUUGGAGCUCAUCGAUUCAAAAUCUGGUGAUUCACGCUGGAUUUUGGAUUUCAGAGACAUGGGUUCCCCAGCAAUUAUUCUUCUCUCUGAUGCAUACCGGACAAAAUCUACCGACUCUGCUGGGUUUGUUCUAUGUCCCAUGUAUGGGAGAAAGUCAAAAGCUUUCAGAGCUGCACCUGGGACAACAAAUUCCUCCAUUGUCGCAAGUUUGACUAAGACUGCAAAGUCUAUGGUUGGGGUAUUCUUGUCAGUCGAUGGUUCACAAUCGCUUCAAGCAUCAGAUUAUAUGACACAAAGGGCAAAAGAAGCAGUUGGAGCUGAAGAAACUCCUAAUGGGUGGUGGUCUGUUACUAGAUUACGAUCUUCUGCUCAUGGAACUGUAAACAUGCCUGGACUGAGCUUGGCUAUUGGCCCCAAAGGAGGACUUGGUGAGCAUGGGGAUGCCGUACCCCUUCAGCUAAUUCUGACUAAGGCCUCCCUUGUUGAGAGACGAAUAGAUAACUAUGAAGUUGUUAUCGUUCGUCCUCUAUCUUCAGUAAGUUCACUUGUCAGGUUCGCUGAGGAGCCCCAAAUGUUUGCUAUCGAAUUCAAUGAUGGAUGUCCAGUACAUGUCUACGCGAGCAUUUCCCGAGACAACCUACUUGCAGCAAUUCUCGAUAUUUUGCAAACAGAAGGACAAUCCCCGAUACCAGUGUUACCAAGGCUUACCAUGCCUGGUCAUCGCAUUGAUCCGCCCUGUGGAAGAGUUAGUUUGAUCUUUGGACCGCAACAUCUUGUUGCUGAUACGGAAACUUGCUCUCUACAUCUGAAACAUUUAGCUGCUGCUGCAAAAGAUGCAGUUGCUGAAGGUGGGUCUGUUCCUGGUUGUAGGGCUAGACUAUGGCGUAGAAUAAGGGAGUUCAAUGCUUGUAUCCCAUAUACAGGUGUGCCAACCAAUAUUGAAGUCCCUGAGGUGACUCUGAUGGCAUUGAUUACUAUGCUCCCAUCAACUCCAAAUCUGCCUCUAGACGCCCCUCCGUUGCCACCUCCGUCGCCCAAAGCAGCAGCAACUGUCAUUGGCUUUGUUGCAUGUUUGCGUAGGUUAUUGUCCUCCAGGACUGCAGCAUCCCAUAUCAUGUCUUUCCCUGCUGCCGUUAAUAGGAUAAUGGGUUUACUUAGGAACGGUUCUGAAGGAGUGGCUGCUGAAGCUGCCGGGCUUAUUGCAUCCCUCAUAGGUGGUGGCUCAGCAGAUUUAAGUAUUGCACCAGAUUCCAGAGGAGAAAAACAUGCAACUAUCAUGCAUACCAAGUCUGUUUUGUUUGCUCAACAGGGUUAUGUUACUAUCCUGGUCAAUCGAUUGAAGCCCACGUCAGUCUCACCUUUGUUUUCCAUGGCGAUUGUUGAAGUGUUUGAGGCUAUGGUUUGUGAUCCACAUGGAGAGACUACCCAAUACACUGUUUUUGUAGAAAUGUUACGCCAAAUAGCUGCCCUACGACGUCGUUUAUUUUCACUCUUUGCACAUCCUGCCGAAAGUGUUAGGGAAAUCAUUGCUGUUGUAAUGCGUACAAUAGCUGAAGAAGAUGCAAUUGCUGCAGAGUCAAUGCGUGAUGCUGCUUUGCGCGAUGGUGCUUUGUUGAGACAUUUAUUGAAUGCAUUUUCCCUUCCUGCCAGUGAACGGCUUGAGGUAAGUAGGCAGCUUGUGGCACUCUGGGCAGAUUCUUACCAACCAGCUUUGGAUCUUCUGUCUCGGGUUCUGCCACCUGGGCUUGUUGCAUAUUUGCAUACACGCCCUGAUGAUGUUCUCGACAAUAUAAAUCAAGAAGGAUCGUCAACAAAUAGGCGGCAGAAGAGAUUACUUCAGCAGAGAAGAGGUCGCAUAACAAGAGGAAUGGGUGCUCAAGAUUUUCCCCCUGGUAACAGUGUUGAUACUGGUGAUGCAGCAAAACAUAUGAGUGCAAAUGCUUGUAGUGUAGCCGAGAAUUUACAAAGGCCUGCUGCAGAUUCUUCCUUUGAAGCUUCGAAUUCGCAGACCUCUGCUUUUCCAGGUGGUCACAGUACUACUGCAGGGGUUUCACAAAAUGGCUAUCCAGCAUUUGCUUCCAAUCCGACAAAUGCAAAUGGGCAUGAGCAACCUGAGACAAAUGCAUCCAAUAUGGUUGGUUCUGACCCAAACUUGUAUGGCAUCCCGAAUUCAGUGCUUCCAGCACCUGCUCAAGUUAUUGUAGAAAGUACACCUGUAGGUUCCGGAAAACUACUUCUAAAUUGGCGUGAGUUUUGGCGUGCCUUUGGCCUUGAUCAUAAUCGUGCAGAUCUCAUAUGGAAUGAGCGCACAAGGCAAGAAUUAAGGGAGGCUUUGAAGGCUGAGGUUCACAACCUAGAUGUCGAGAAAGAGCGCACGGAAGAUAUUACCCCAGGAUCUGUGGCUGUCGAGGUCACAACUGGCCAGGAGACUAUCCCACGUAUAUCUUGGAACUAUUCUGAGUUCUCUGUUAGUUAUCCUAGCUUGUCAAAAGAAGUAUGUGUGGGUCAAUAUUAUCUACGCUUGUUGCUUGAAAGUGGGAGCACUGGCAAGGCACAAGAUUUCCCUCUCCGUGAUCCAGUUGCUUUUAUCAGGGCACUCUAUCAUCGCUUCCAGUGUGAUGCUGAUAUGGGACUUACGAUUGGUGGCGCUGUUCCGGAUGAAUUGGGUCCAUCAGGCGAUUGGUGUGAUAUGAGUAGGCUUGAUGGUUUUGGUGGAGGGGGAGGAGCUUCUGUUAGGGAACUUUGUGCAAGAGCGAUGGCGAUUGUCUAUGAGCAACACUACAGCGUAAUAGGUCCGUUUGAAGGCACUGCACAUAUUACAGGACUGAUAGAUAGGACAGAUGAUAGAGCGUUGAGGCAUCGCCUGCUUCUUCUCUUGAAGGCUUUAGUGAAGGUCUUGUUGAACGUCGAAGGUUGUGUUGUUGUUGGUGGUUGUGUCCUAGCUGUAGAUCUGCUGACGGUGGUUCAUGAAAACUCGGAGAGGACUCCUAUUCCGUUACAGUCAAAUUUAAUUGCUGCUACUGCAUUUAUGGAACCACAAAAGGAAUGGAUGUACAUUGACAAAAGUGGUGCAGAAGUUGGACCUGUAGAGAAGGACGCCAUCAGAAGUUUAUGGUCUAAAAAGGACAUUGACUGGACAACAAAGUGUCGGGCUUUUGGAAUGUCAGACUGGAAGAAAUUGCGUGAUAUCCGUGAACUUAGGUGGGCAGUAGCUGUCCGAGUUCCAGUCCUCACACCUACACAGGUAGGGGAUGCUGCGUUAUCCAUAUUACAUAGCAUGGUUUCGGCACAUUCAGAUUUGGAUGACGCUGGAGAGAUUGUAACUCCGACACCAAAAGUAAAACGUAUCUUGUCUAGCACACGUUGUCUUCCUCACAUUGCUCAGGCUAUGCUUUGUGGCGAACCAGUGAUUGUUGAGGCAAGUGCUGCUCUUCUGAAAGAUGUUGUUACCAGAAACCCUAAAGCGAUGGUCCGCCUGUACAGCACAGGUGCCUUUUACUUUGCCCUUGCUUACCCUGGAUCCAACCUGCACUCAAUCGCACAACUCUUUUCGGUCACCCACGUGCAUCAAGCUUUUCAUGGUGGGGAAGAAGCUACUGUUUCCUCCUCUCUGCCCCUUGCUAAGCGAAGCGUAUUGGGUGGUCUUCUCCCGGAAUCCUUAUUAUACGUGUUAGAACGUAGUGGACCGGCUGCGUUUGCAGCUGCCAUGGUUUCUGAUUCUGAUACUCCAGAGAUUAUAUGGACACAUAAAAUGAGAGCAGAAAAUCUUAUAUGUCAGGUUUUGCAGCAUCUUGGUGAUUAUCCCCAGAAAUUGUCACAGCACUGCCACUGUUUGUAUGAUUAUGCUCCCAUGCCACCUGUUACAUACCCAGAACUCAGAGAUGAGAUGUGGUGUCAUCGUUAUUAUCUUAGAAAUUUAUGUAAUGAUAUUCGAUUUCCAAAUUGGCCGAUUGUUGAGCAUGUCGAGUUUCUACAAUCAUUGCUCGUGAUGUGGCGUGAAGAGUUGACUAGGAAACCCAUGGAUCUUUCUGAAGAAGAAGCUUGCAAAAUUCUUGAGAUAUCGCUGAAUGAUGUUUCAAGUGAUGACUUGAACGGGAGGGUUCAAGUUGGGUCAAAUGAGGAGAUAUCUAAUAUAUCGAAGCAAAUUCAAAACCUUGAUGAAGAGAAACUUAAGCGCCAGUAUAGGAAACUUGCGAUGAAGUACCAUCCCGACAAAAAUCCAGAAGGAAGAGAGAAGUUUCUGGCUGUUCAGAAAGCUUAUGAAUGCCUACAGGCAACAAUGCAAGGAUUGCAAGGUCCUCAGCCUUGGAGGUUACUGCUUUUACUGAAAGCGCAGUGCAUCUUAUAUAGACGUUAUGCACAUGUGUUGCAGCCAUUCAAAUAUGCUGGCUAUCCAAUGUUACUUGAUGCAGUUACAGUGGACAAGGAGGACAACAAUUUUCUAUCUAGCGAUAGAGCCCCUCUCCUUGUUGCAGCAUCAGAGCUUGUUUCAUUAACCUGUGCUGCAUCGUCAUUGAAUGGUGAAGAACUAGUCAGAGAUGGUGGUGUGCAGCUUCUUUCGACUCUUCUUUCCCGCUGCAUGUGUGUGGUUCAGCCAACAACUUCACAAAACGAACCAGCUGCAAUCAUUGUCACAAAUGUAAUGCGUACAUUUUCUGUAAUAAGUCAGUUCGAAAGUGCAAGGGCUGGAAUUCUAGAGUUAUCCAGUCUGAUUGAAGACAUUGUGCACUGUACGGAAUUAGAACUUGUGCCUGCAGCCGUUAAUGCCGCUCUUCAGUCUAUUGCCAAUGUUUCUGUCUUCUCCGAACUUCAGCAUGGUCUGCUAAAGGCCGGUGCCUUGUGGUACAUUCUCCCAUUAUUACUACAAUAUGACUCAACUGCAGAGGAAUUUAAUUCUGUCGAGUCUCAUGGGGUUGGUGUUAGCAUUCAAAUUGCCAAAAAUGAGCAUGCCGUACAAGCAUCACAAGCCCUGUCAAAGCUUAGUGGACUGUGUGCAGAUGAGGGUUUGACACCUUACAAUGCUGCUGCGGCUGAUGUUCUCAGGGCUUUGCUGACUCCAAAGCUUGCUAGUAUGUUGAAGGAUGAUGUUGCCAAAGAAUUGUUGACCAAACUUAACACAAAUUUGGAGACACCAGAGAUUAUCUGGAACUCUGCAACUCGAUCAGAGCUUUUAAAUUUUGUGGAAGAACAACGUGCCUGCCAGGGCCCUGAUGGUUCAUAUGAUCUGAAAACUGCCCAAUCUUUUGCAUAUGAGUCACUGUCAAAAGAGGUCUAUAUCGGCAAUGUUUACUUGAAAGUCUACAAUGAUCAGCCCGACUCAGAUAUCAGUGAACCCGAAGCAUUCUGCAAUGCUCUAAUCGACUUUAUAUCAUCUUUAGUGCAUACUGAGUUAACCCCUGUUACUGAGGACAAAAAAUUGAUUGAAGACAGCAGGUCAUCUAAUGAUACUCCAGAACCUCAAAUUAUUGUCGCAGAACCCUCAUCGAUUGAAGGACAUUCUGAUAAUGAAUCAUCAUCUGAGGGGAUGAAGAAGGAAGAACACUAUCUGAUUUAUCACCUCCAAUUAGGAUUGACUGCUCUUCAGAACUUGCUUACAAAGUAUCCAGAUCUGGCUUCAGUGUUUUCGUCUAAGGAGAGAUUAUUACCUCUCUUUGAAUGUUUUUCAGUGCCCAUUGCAUCAACAACUGAUAUUCCAAAACUCUGCUUGAAUGUCCUGUCUCGCCUUACUGCUUAUGCUCCUUGCUUGGAAACAAUGGUAUCUGAUGGAUCUAGUCUUCUUCUCCUCUUGCAAAUGCUUCAUUCUGCACCUUCUUUUCGCGAGGGUGCUCUCCAUGUUCUGUAUGCUUUGGCAAGCACACAAGAACUUGCUUGGGCUGCUGCAAAACAUGGUGGGGUAGUAUACAUUCUGGAACUCUUAUUGCCAUUGGAAAAAGAAAUUCCCAUGCAGCAGAGAGCUGCAGCGGCUUCUUUGUUGGGGAAGCUUGUCGCACAACCAAUGCAUGGGCCUAGAGUUGCUAUCACUCUAGUGAGAUUCCUUCCAGAUGGUCUUGUAUCAAUAAUUCGUGAUGGACCUGGGGAGGCUGUUGUACAUGCGCUUGAGCGGACCACCGAGACUCCAGAACUUGUGUGGACACCAGCAAUGGCAGCAUCUUUAUCUGCACAGAUUGCAACCAUGGCAUCAGAUAUAUAUCGUGAACAACAGAAGGGCUGUGUUAUUGAAUGGGAUGUACCCGAGCAGUCACCUGGUCAACAAGAAAUGAGAGAUGAGCCGCAGGUUGGUGGAAUCUAUGUCAGGCUUUUCUUAAAAGAUCCAAAAUUCCCUCUAAGAAAUCCAAAAAGAUUCUUGGAAGGACUGCUGGAUCAAUAUUUGUCAGCAAUGGCGGCAACACAUUAUGAACAACAUCCUGUUGACCCUGAGCUCCCUCUCCUUCUCUCUGCUGCAUUAGUUUCUUUGUUGCGUGUGCAUCCCGCACUUGCAGAUCACAUAGGAUAUCUCGGGUAUGUCCCCAAACUUGUCGCUGCUGUGGCGUAUGAGGGUAGGCGGGAAACAAUGUCUUCAGGAGAAGUAAAGGCUGAAGAUAUUGGCUCUGAAGGAGUGAAUGAAAAUGCUGAUCCCUCAAGCCUACCUGGACAAACCCCUCAAGAACGUGUGCGCCUUAGUUGUUUACGUGUUCUACAUCAACUUGCUGCUAGUACCGCAUGUGCCGAAGCAAUGGCUGCAACUAGUGCUGGGAAUGCCCAGGUGGUUCCACUUCUUAUGAAAGCAAUAGGAUGGCAUGGUGGGAGCAUUUUAGCACUUGAGACACUUAAGCGUGUUGUCGUUGCUGGAAACCGGGCAAGAGAUGCUCUUGUUGCGCAAGGCCUAAAGGUUGGUCUUAUUGAGGUUCUUCUUGGGCUGCUUGACUGGAGAACGGGCGGAAGGUAUGGGCUUAGCUCUCACAUGAAAUGGAAUGAAUCGGAAGCAUCGAUCGGGCGGGUGCUCGCAGUUGAGGUAUUGCAUGGUUUUGCAACAGAAGGUGCACAUUGUUCAAAAGUGCGAGAGAUACUUGACGCUUCGGAAGUGUGGAGUGCAUAUAAAGACCAAAAGCAUGACCUCUUCCUCCCAUCGAACACACAAUCAGCGGCUGGAGUGGCUGGCUUUAUCGAGAACUCAUCCAACAGACUCACGUACGCCCUCACCGCUCCUCCUGCUUCUUCUUCGUCUCCUUGACCAUUCCUGCCUUUUUGUAUAUCCUUUGUAAAGUUCCCUUCACUUCCUUGCUUUUGGUCUUUUCUAUAGAGAACAUAUUGUCGUUUUGUAAAUGUUUGAUGAGGAAGUAAAGAUAUUGUGGUUUUUUACUUGUAUCCCUACCAUUUUUCUUCUUGUGUACCUCUAUAUGAUUUCUUUUGUUAAAAUCAUAAUGUAGUUCCAAAA